AUGGCAAUCUUAAAACCCCCGAUAAAAACCAAAAAGCAAGUCAUCCGUGGUUCGACCCCCACUGCUUCAAAUAACAAAUCCAUGACUUCACCUUUAUCAUCAUCAUCAUCAUCUUCUUCUUCUUCUUCUUCUUCUUCUUUGCGCACGGCUACAACUCUUUCUUUUGCUAAAAUCGCCUUAGUUCUUCUUACCCAAGUCCCUCUUCGUGCUGCUGCCUACCCAAUCUUCGGACUUCUCCAUACCCGAUCAAAUAACACUACUACUACUACUACUACCAAUAAUGAGAUUAACAAUCUCGUAGAUACCUUUAAGACAAAAGACCCAUUGUCUCCACGCGACUACUGGAUUGAUAUGGGUAUCUCAUGUACCCUGGUCCUUCUCGGUGGUGUUUUUGCAGGUCUUACUCUCGGCCUCAUGGGUCAAGACGAAAUCUAUCUCCAAGUCAUUCAACAGUCUGGAGAACCAAAUGAAAAAAAGGCUGCUGGUAAAGUUCUUUCUUUGCUAAAUCGUGGCAAACAUUGGGUCUUGGUCACUCUUUUGCUUUCAAACGUCAUUACAAAUGAAUCUCUACCCAUUGUCCUAGAUCGUGUUUUAGGUGGAGGAUGGCCCGCAAUUGUCUCAUCUACCGUCGCAAUCGUCAUCUUUGGCGAAAUUAUCCCCCAAUCUGUCUCUGUCCGCUAUGGCCUCUCAGUCGGAGCUUGGUUUGCCCCGUUUGUCUUGGCCCUCAUGUACAUUAUGUACCCUGUAGCAUACCCCGUUGCAAUGCUCCUGGAUUGGACACUGGGUGAAGACCACGGUACUAUUUACAAACGUGCAGGCCUUAAAACCCUUGUCGGCCUCCACAAAACUAUGGGUGUAGAGCGUCUUAAUGAUGACGAAGUUACCAUUAUCUCCGCGGUCCUCGACCUCAAAGAUAAACCUGUCGCUCUUAUCAUGACCCCCAUGGAAAACGUCUUCACAAUGAGCGCAGAUACUUGUCUUGAUGAACCCACUGUCGAAGAAAUCCUUCGCUCAGGCUUUAACCGUAUCCCAAUCCACUCCCCUGAUGAACCAACUAACUUUAUCGGUAUGCUGCUCGUCCGUACUCUCAUCACUUAUGAUCCAGAAGACAACUUCCCCAUCUCCUCUUUCCCCCUCGCCACCCUCCCAGAAACUGGCCCUGAAACUUCUUGCUUGAACAUUCUCAACUACUUUCAAGAAGGAAAGUCCCAUAUGGUGGUGGUCUCUAAAACUCCAGGUGCUUCCAUUGGUGCUCUUGGCGUUGUCACUCUUGAAGACGUUAUUGAAGAACUCAUUGGAGAAGAAAUUAUCGACGAAUCCGACGUUUACGUUGAUAUCCACAAUGCUAUUCGUCGUUCUACUCCCGUCGCUCUUUCCAAGGUCGCUUCCAUGGCUCUUUUCCGCCAUUCUCCUAGAUCAUCGCUUGUUCUUGAUAACAAUGAAGAGGGUCCUAUCCGUCGUAGACUCCUCAACCCAUUAAAUCGUGCCUCCAACCCUAAGCAAACAACAAGCGCAAACAUUACAAUUAAGCGUUCAAACCUUGAAAACUUUACAUCAGGUGCAAGCAGCGCAGGAAAUAAUAAUAACAACCAUAAUAAUACCACCAACCACCGCAUUUCAACAAGUAGCUCCUCCGCAGACACAGCAACUGGCGGUUCGGAAUCUCCCCUCGCUGGAACUGCCCCAGUUAUUCGUGCCAAGAGUUAUGGCGGCGAAUAUCGACCCAGCCACUUGUCCACUACUAUGACACAGGAAAAUUCCCGUGAAUUGCUUCUGCCUAAUGCUCAUAGCUCCAAAAACUCAAAUAACUCUAUCCCCAUCGACAGCCAGUUACUCCCAGCUCCUGAGGGAAAUUACGGUACAAUCCACCGUACUGAACAAGGUGCAGUUGAAGAAGCUUUGCUUAUUCCAAAAUCUCCUGACCGUGGCAAUAUAGGUGGUGGUGGCCGACGCCGAUUUUCUCGACGCAGCCUAGGAACUUCUAACAAUGUCACUGAUGAUCAUUAUUACGAAGAUAUUGAGGCUCAAAACCACCACGCAAGCUCGCACCUUGCAGUGCCUGGUACCACUGAUCACCAGAGCCACGGUGACAUUGCAUACCAGGACCGUGUCAUGCCUAACAUUCAACCCGAGAUCCACUCGUACCGUACGGGAGGCAUCAUUGAGAGUGUGGUCCAGGUGGAUGGUGUUAAUAAAACUAUCAUUGAGGACGUGACUUCUGGGUCUGUCCAUACAAACUAUACACAUAAUAUCGGCUCGCAUGCUCCCAGCAUCAUAACAUCAGGAGCAACAGCUGGACCUAGCGGUGACAAUGGGGAUGGUGGUGCACAAGCUCUUGUAUCAAAUAAUAAUACCAGUAGUAAUGGAACUGGUGCUGAUUCACGUAUCCAGUCAAGUGCUUCAUCUUGGAUGAGCAGGGCUAGCAACGAGGCUCCUGAUCAACAACCGUUAUUGGGAGCAAGUCCUAACAGUGUUUUGAAGGGCUACAAUUGA